AUGGAAGACCAAGUAACAUACCUUGUGCAAAAAACUUGGGGCAAAACAACACUAGCCAAAACCAUAACCGCCCGCCUCAACGCUCUCGCUACCUCCUCCAGCUUCCCGGGCCAGAUAGCGACGACAGACCCAGGAGUAGUAGCCACAGCAACCUACAUCCCCAUGGACGGCUAUCACCUCCCGCUCUCCGUCCUACACGCCAUGCCAGACCCCACACACGCUCUCGCCCGCCGCGGUGCACCAUUCACCUUUGACGGCGCGGCCUUCCUCUCUCUAAUCACCUCCCUCCGGCCGCCCAUCACCCCCGAAUCGGGGACGAUAUACGCGCCUUCGUUCUCGCACACGACCAAGGACCCUAUAGCCAAGAGCAUCGCCAUUGCGCCCACGUCGCGCAUCCUCGUCUUCGAAGGGAACUAUCUCUCGUUGAAUGAGGGCCCGUGGAAGGAAGCGGGGGAUUUGAUGGACGAGCAUUGGUUUGUGGAUGUUGGUGAGGAUGUGGCGGGGAGGAGGCUGGUACGGAGACACGUGAAGAGCGGGGUGGCGCCGGAUGAGGCGAGCGCGUGGAAGAGGGUCAGGGAGAAUGAUUUGCUUAAUGGCAGGGAGAUUGUCGAGAAGAGGAGGGACGGCGUUGGUGAGCUGAUCGUGAGUAGGGAGGAUGGGGGCUGGAGGGCUGAAGGGGAGGAGUAG